ACACACUUAGAUACACCUACACACUGAGAGAGAGAAAGACCCAGAGAGAUUUGUGAAAAAUGUCAGGAAAAUGCUGCACUAGACCCGAAAAAUGAGCAGAAAACGUAACCAGGGUAGUGAGAAGUCACCCUCAAGAGAAGAGAAGGACAAGAAUAAAAGAACGACGAGCAAUACAUUGAGUCUCCAGACUCCAGCAAACGCUGAUGAAUGGGAAGCGGAGCUACAUCCAUCUCCAUCUCCUCAAGCAACUCCUAAUGACAAUAGGCCGGCAGAGCUAUGGCGUUCAGAGGUAGCUACAAUGACCAGGCAACCAGCAACGAUCGAUGCGACGGUGGAGACUGAUGCCAUACCAAGGCAAAGACGGCGAAAAAAUGAACCAAAAGGAAAUGAAGAGGCUUCAGAGGUUUCCACAUCUAAUAACGAAGGGAAAGUAGAUCCGGAACAGCCAGCUCGCCUCAUAUUAGUCUCAGCGCCACCCAAACUAGUCGAUGUUGGAACUGAUCCGCCUAAAUUAAGACGCAAACGAAAUCAAAGAUCAAGCUCAGAACCAGGAGCCAACACCGCUCCAGCAGUAGGUCCUCCAUUAACAGCUUUCAAUAGUGUCCCAACUGUGGUGACCCUGCCUGAAAGUGAAAUUGAAGAAGAACUCGAUACUAGAAACUAUGACAGUAGUACAAUGGAUUAUGAUCUUGAUGAGUAUGAACCAUUGACCACAAAGGUGACCAAGAUCUACAAGAAAAGACCCAAUCGAGUGGUUCCUAUCGAUUCAGAUGAUUCAUUUGAUGAUUGGCCCAUUGAUAGUGCUCGUAUUAACCGAAUGACUAUUGUCAGUGAACAGGCGACACCCACUCAAUAUGCAGAAUCAGAAAUUCCACAUUCAGGUGAAACAUCGCCCAAUAUGGGAUUAUUAGGCGCUUCCACAACGGAUAUGUAUACUAGCAGUGAAGCGGGCAAUCGUACACAAAAUGAGGAUUCCCAUCUGACGGAUCAUGGCAUGGGUGGCUUUUCACUACUCUCGGGAAGAGCCUUUAUCUACAUGGUGAUACCACCAGAUGGUGGCUUUGGUUGGGUCAUCUUAAUCCUGAGUUUCCUAGCCCAACUAAUUGUCGAUGGUAUUAUAUUCUCAAUUGGCAUUCUCUUGCCCUACAUGAGCACAGAGUUUGAUGUGUCCAUGGCUCAGAUAGCUCUGGUGGCCAGUGUUCAGAUUGGUUGUUAUUUCACUGGCGGUGCCUUCUCAAGUGCCCUGAUCAAUAGCUGGGGCUUUCGACCGGUGGCAUUGCUGGGUGUUUUAGUAUCUGCCCUUGCCAUUCUUAUAGCCAGUUUUAGUACAAACUUUUGGAUGAUGAUUGUUUUUUAUAGUCUUAUCGUUUUUGCAGGUGGUCCUGGCUUGAGUAUGAUUUGGGUCAGCUCACAGUUGAUCAUUGGAUAUUAUUUCGAACGAUAUCGUCCAGUGGCCAAUGGCUUCUCAUGCUCUGGUGCUGGAGCUGGCAUAGUUGUUAUCCCCAUAAUGAUAACAUACCUUGCUUUGGAAAUUGGCUGGCGAAAUGCAUUACGUGUUCAGGUUGUAUUAAUAUUGCUCAUCGUCUUUAUGGCUUUGGCCUACGUUGAGGUGGCACCAACACAAGUGGGAAUUGUACACCGUCCUGAAUAUAAUACAUCCAGUUCAGAUGAGUUUUAUGGCAAUUUCUAUGUACACAACUUCUUGCGUGAUGAGGAGCCAAGAAAGAGUCCAACUAAAAUUGAUCCAUAUGAACCUCCAAUUGAAUCUGAUCAAAAAACGAAUUGGGCUCUCCGUUGUUCACCAUGUUGUGCCCGAAAGCAGAGGUACACCACUACAACGACAAGAUCUUCGAAAGCCUUGUCUCGUCGUAGCUCUGAGAGAAAUUUUGUUGUACGUCCCGAUCCACUGGAAAAGGAUGAUCUCUUUUAUACUGGACCCGUUGAGUACGAGGAACCGCAUCACAUAGAGCAAUUGGAUGGCAAAGAGCUAGAAUUAGUAGGCUCGGAAAAGUAUAUCCAGCAAGUUGCCUAUGGCCUGCAUAACAUUCACAAUGAUGAGGUGAAGGACAACUCCCGCCGCGGAUCCCCUGAAUUACCAAAGAAGCAGGAUAAUCGUUUUCACAGCAAACUUAUGCGAGCUUUUGGUCGACUCUUUGCUGUCCAUUUAUUUAGUAGCUUUGAGUUCCGUUUGCUGGUAUUGGCUUCUUUUCUGUAUCCCAUCGGAUUCAAUAUUCCAUUUGUAUAUUCCAAGGCUCGUGCGGAUAUUCCCGCUGAAUAUGGCACAAUGAUUGGUCCAUGUAUUGGACUGAGCAAUUUUAUAAUACGCAUUACUUGCGGUUUUGUUGCUUUCAAGGUGAAAAGCUGGACUACCUACCUUUGUGGCGGAGGCAUGGUUUUUGGCGGCUUUGCUGUUUUUGUCAGUGCUUUCUAUGGGAUAAAUAUGAUUUGGUUUCAAAUGCUCUACGGCUUAUGCUAUGGUGUCGCACCAGCUGUUUAUUCCACCUUGCGUGCCAUCAUCUAUGUUCGAUAUUUGGGUCUAUCGAAUCUUACAAAUGCCUUUGGUCUGACUGCUCUGGCUAUGGGUUUGGGUGUAUUUAUUGGCACUUCGAUCGGUGGCGUGUUAGUGGAUCAAACUAAAAGUUAUACGGCCGUAUUUGCCUUGGCUGGCCUUUGCAUCAUGUCGUCUGGUGCAAUAAAAUUGUUUUUACCCACCGUUGUCAAGUAUCGAAACAGAAAAUUGGCCAGAAAACACUGAGGACAAUGAGCACUGACAUUUUCAUUCACUUAUAUUUUCUCAAUGGCAUACUCUUUUUAUUUGUUUGUUUCUUUUGGGAUUUAUUUAAUUAAAG